AUGACGGAGAACCACGAUUUUAAGGCUCCCAGACCUAUGACAAACAAGAAGGGGCAAGACCCCAACUUGUACUGUGAUUUUCAUAAAGACUCAGGGCACUUGACUGACGACUGCUAUAGUUUGCACCAAGAGAUCGAGAGAGCGCUUAAAAGUGGUAAGCUAAGCCACUUGGUGAAGAACGUGCGCAAAGAAACUCGCCAGCUCCAGCGCCAUGAUGAAGGAAAUCACAAGAAAGUCCGACGCUUAGAGACCCACAUGGUCAACGGACCGAGAUAUAGCGCAAAAGAGAAAGGCAAGCGCCCCUAUGAGCUUUCAUGGCAGGAGCAACAGGUCAUUUUCCCGGUAGUGCGCGGCGGUCCUCGCGCCACACGACCCGUCGUUAUUACCGCUGACAUCAUUUAUGAGCAGUUUUUUAACCAAUUUGAUGAAGAAGACAAGGCGAGACUCGAGCCAGUCGACUAUCCCUUGUCCGGAUUUUGCAAUGAGAUGGUUUUCCCACUUGGUCAGAUCAGUUUCCCCGUCACACUUUCUGACGGGAAACAUUCAAGAACAAUAAGCGUGAAUUUCAUGGUGAUGCCCAUGAAAUCAAGGCAUGAUGUGUUAAUUGGGAGGGAGACCCAAGGCGAGCUGAACAUGGUGACUUCAACUCCCCACUCUGCGAUAGGGUUCCUAACCAAAACGGGAGUAGCAAUCAUCUAUGCCAAGAAGGAAGUGAUGUCAACUGAAGAAGUGCGCCCAGCGAAAGCGGCGAAGGUUUCCACAACCAAGCCCGAAAAAUGGGUUUUAAACCGCAAAUACCCAGAGCAAACAGUGACAAUUGGCCACGCCAUUUCGUCUGACACCCGAACGCGUUUAAAGCAAUUAUUGUUCUGA